CCAUACUUCGCGAGGCGGUCACCGCUGCUGUUGAAGUCGAAACCGACGAAUGAUUGGAGNACGGCAACUCGCGAGGAAAGGAAGGUAGCCGCAAGGUUCGCCGCCAUACUUCGCGAGGCGGUCGCCGCUGCUGUUGAAGUCGAAACCGAUGAAUGCUUGGAGUCAGAUAUCUCUGUGGAUUCUGACUGGGACCAUUGUGAUGAACAUGGCGAAGACAGUUCUGGCAAGACGAACGAAAUCGACAUUGGCAAUACAAGAGUCACGAGCGAUCAAGUAUGUCCUGUAUUUCUAAUGUUUACCAUUAGCAUAGUAUUCGGUCUGUUUAAUAAUUUGGUAACGAAGGCCAUCCAACACUACAGAAGCUCGUCGAAGGGGUAA